GCAGGGUGCCCCCCUUAUAUAAAUGGUAGGGGAAACACUGAUGUAAUAAAGCAUACUGAAGCAGUGUAUCUUGCUUAUGAAGUGGAAUGUAUAAAAAUACAGCGAAAGUGAUCAGGGUUUCAUGUUGGGGUGGUCAUCUUUCACUUUUUAAAAUGCUGUAUUUUUUUUUUUAUUUCAGGCCUGAUGGAGGAAACACACCGUCAUGAGAAAACGAGAGAGAAAAAUAAAUCCCUGAAGAGAAAAGGCAAGAAAAAAUUCACCUGCUCUCAGUGUGGAAAGAGUCUGGCAAGCAAACAGAGUCUCGGAUAUCACAUGAGGGUCCACACCGGAGAGAAACCAAUCACGUGUUCUCAGUGUGGCAAGAGUUUCAGGGAAUCAUCAAAACUUAUUAAACACAUGAGGAUCCACACUGGAAAGAAACCAUUCACAUGUUCUCAGUGUGGGAAGAGUUUCACGGACUCCUCAAACUUUGGGAGACACAUGUUGGUCCACACUGGAGAGAAAACACACCAGUGUGAUCAAUGUGGGAAAACAUUUUUGAUUGAUUCAUACCUGAAGAGGCACCUUCGAAUUCAUACAAAGGAGAAGCCUUUCUCAUGCUCUGUGUGUGGAAAUAGUUUCACACGUCAAGAUAGUUUAAUAAAUCAUCAGAAGAUCCACGCCAUUGUGGGAGAGUAUAUGUGCUUUGAGUGUGAGAAGACCUUUCGUACGGCUGUACAUCUGAGAACACAUGCGAGGAUUCACACUGGAGAGAAACCGUACAAGUGUUCACACUGUGACAAGAGAUUCAGUCAGUCGCCACAUCUGAAAUCACAUGAGAGGAUUCACACUGGAGAGAAACCUUACAAGUGUUCACACUGUCACAAGAGAUUCAGGCGUUCAGGACAUCUGAAAACACAUGAGAAGAUUCACACUGGGGAGAAACCGUACAAGUGUUCACACUGUGACAAAAGGUUCAGUCAGUUACCACAUCUGAAAAGACAUGAGAGGAUUCACACUGGAGAGUAACCUUACAAGUGUUCACACUGUGAUGAGAUUCAGUGAUUUAGGACAGCUGAAAAGAGAUGAGAGGAUUCACACUGGAGAGAAACCUUGUAUCCUUGGGGGAUAAAAAGUAACCACAUACAGUAGGCCCUGUUUACACCAAUAGAUUUCAGUUUUAAAACGGGAGAUUUAGAAUAAAAACAAACCGCGUCCACACUGGCGUGUCACCUAGAGUUUCUGAACAGCUCUCUGUCCACACUACACCACUGAAAACGCACAUCACGUGACCACACACACUAUGGCAAAAAGAAAAAUCCUCAACAAUACACUCUGGGCAAAUUUACUACCCUUUUGUUAUGUUGGAGAUGAAAACAUCCACUGAAUUAAACUGCUGUAAAAA